UCUUUCACUUGGUUUGUAAUUUUUUAUUUAUUUUUUUAAUUGUGAUGAGCUUUUUUUUUAACAUACACUUUAUAUAAAACCAGUCUUUGUCUGACAUGACCUCUGUGGUGUAUCUUAACAAUGCAUCAUUUAUUUACCCUCCCACAUUUUAUAUCAAUGGGUUCUACAAUGUGCCACAUGCAAAGUAUUAUUAUAUAUUUUUGUGUUUUUUGUAUGCUGUCACUAUUUUUGGUAAUUCUUUUAUAAUGGGCACUAUUUACCUGGCUCGUGCUCUUCACACAGCAAAGUAUAUAGCUGUCUUAAAUUUGGCCGUGUCUGAUUUGUGUGGAAGCACUGCUUUAAUUCCGAGGUAUGUAGACAUGUUUUUGUUUAAUAAGCAGUAUAUAUCUUAUGGAGAGUGUCUGUCAAGCAUGUUUUUUAUGUUUUUCUUCAUGUCCAUGCAGUCUUUUACUCUGCUUGCUUUGGCCUUUGAUAGAGUCAUUGCUAUAUGUUUUCCUCUGAGGUAUCAUGCUAUUGUCACCAAAACUACAAUGAUGAUGAUCAUUGGGGUUAUGUGGGUUAUCUCUGUGGGUAUUAUUGCUCUUCUUGUAUCUCUGAUAACCAGACUCACCUUCUGUGGGUCUACAACAGUUGACAGCUAUUUCUGUGAUCAUGGUCCUGUUUUUAGACUCGCAUGUAAUGAUAAUUUUCCUAAUCGUGUAAUGGCCUAUGUUUAUUCGGCUGUUGCAAUUUUUAUUCCAUUGUUAUUAAUAGCAUUUUCUUAUGGUUGUAUUGGUUUUGCAUUAUUUAAGAUCUCACAUGGUGGUGAACGAAUGAAAGCUAUGAAAACAUGCACUUCCCACCUUAUAUUAGUGGCUAUGUUUUUUCUACCAAUUUUAAGUGUUUAUUUCCUUGCGUCUACAACAUAUUUACAUCCAAAUACUAGAAUAAUUAACUCUAUUUUAACACAAACUGUUCCACCUAUGUUAAAUCCCAUCAUAUAUACUCUGAAAACAGAGGAGGUAUUGCAGUCUAUUAAAGUACUGUACAAACGGAUCAAGGUGAGCACUAUGGAACAGCCUGUAAAACGCAUCCUUAGAAAUUAAAUUGAUAAAUAAGCAGUUCAGUUUGCCCUGUUAUCAUUAAGCAAAAAUCAGGCAUACUUAAAUAACUGCAUAUUCACCUCUUACAUAAUGAAAAUAAUUAUUUGUUUUAGUGGAUGAACCGCAAAAACUUGGAUGUUCAUCAGGUUCCGUUUUUGUAGCCUAUAUAUUUAAUAAUAGAAAGAAAAACAGUUUGUAUAGACAACCCAGUUGCCAAAACAAAACGUCUGUCAAUUAAUCAUUAAAAUCAAUAUUUAAAUAUUAAACAGUCUAUAAUCUUAUUAUGAUGGCUCUUUCUGAUUGUUUCUUUAGGGACAAGGCUACCUUUUUUGUAAUGUUUUUUUUUUUACAGGAAUUAGGAAAUUGAUAAUGGUGGAUUAUUUGAUUUUUAUUUCAUUAAUUAAGUACAAAAAAAUGAAAAAUAGUGCUUUGUUUAAAUUAGAUUGUUAAAAAUUAGAUACAUUAUGUAAAUGUGAAUUAUAUUUAUUUUAUUCCUUUGAAACAUUUAUCAAAACAUUUAAUUGAAAAAAAAAACAUUCAACACAAAUAAAAUAUAUUUACAAACAUACAAUGUACAAUUAAAAUACCUCUAACAAAUCUGCUCUAAUUGCUACUAUUUUCAGUACUGACCCAUCUGUUAAAUACAUCCAAACAUUGUAGCUGAAGCAACCUAAUGGAAAGGAUCAGUCAGAUGGAUGGAUGGAUGGAUGGAUAGAUGGAUAGACAGACAGACAGACAGAUAGACAGAAAGGCAGCUAGAUUGAAAGAUAGAUAGAUUUUGCAUAGAUGCUCUACUAACAGGAGGCAUGGGGGACUCUCACUCAUUGCAUCAACAUUUUAAAUAGUGUCAACCCUUAGUUCACUAGUCACAACAGCAUGCACAACAACUGCAGCGAACAUGGUGACCAUGCAGCACCACAUUACUCCACGUGCUGUGUUAGUUUGAGGACCUUUGCACCAUAUAUUAGAAAAUAUGACUAGGCUCCAUUUUUUAUCCUUUUAGUGGCUCAAAGACAAAAUUGGACAAGCAAUGAAAGAGUGGAUAUUCUACAUGAGAGGCUGAGAGAGUUGGCUUUUCUAUUCAUAUGCUCGCUGCCUGAACAUGUCAGAGAGGUUCAUGCUCUCCUAACAGAACAAAGGCCCACAGGCCCACAAAACACAGCACGCUGUUUCAUCAAUGAGCUACGGCAACAGAAGGAACCUCCGGCCGAGUUUGCAGAUGAGAUUCUUAGUUUGACCAUCUUAGCAUAUCUAAAAGUGGAUCUCUAACUGCAGGACCAACUGGCAACCGGCACAUUCAUUUAGGCUUUGCAACCAUCUGAAUCUCAACAAAGCAUUUUUCUUUAAACUGCCACCUUGCACUGUCCCUGACCCCAAGGCAAAUUUGCAGGGGAGGGGAGGGAAGCCGAGCACUUUCUGUGGCCAGACUGGCUGGAAUGACCUGCAGAGUACCGCCACAUGGCCCGGAGUGACACUAUCACUGUUGGCCUGCUGUGCACCACUGUGUGUGCCGGGGGGACACUUGCCUCAUCAGUGCCAUUGUGUGUCAGAGCCGCCCUGUGUCCUGGAGGGCAUGCUACAGUCAUUGUCUGAUUUUGCGUGCUUGUGUUAAUGUGUUAAUAAAC